GACAAUGGAACAAUUAGUGUAUGCAGUUAAUUGUGUACAAGAUAUUCUUUUUUCCUUUUCACUAUUUUUCUUGUGUCUGUGCUUCAGUCGAGAAGGGGAAAUUAAAAUUCCAUCGUGAAUCUUAAAACAUUCAACGAUCGAGCUGCAUGCAUUUAUGUGAACCUAAUAAUAAUAAAGUGCUUUCUUCCAAAUUUUUUGUUAUUGUGUGCCGAAACAUAUUGACGUAUCAUGCACGGUCCUUCAGCUGCGUGUUGUGUGUACAUUAAUAUACGAUGGUUGGUUUAUUUGGUGGAAGAAAACCUCGGACGCCCUGCGAACAGGUGUCACAUACGAAGAGGGUUGCUAGACGAGAUCUGAACCCUUAGCCGCUCACUGCAGUAGUGACAAUGAGUGUUUUAACCACUAUACUACCGGGCGCCCUUAUAAAUAUACGAGCUUGAUUGUACAUUAUAUAUUCCGUAUACCUAAAGAGAUAAAUAUAGCAAGUGCUAGCGUAGCUGCAUGGUUAACACCACGGAAGGGAAGGAUCGAGUCAGCUACAUCGUCAAUAAAUAUGACUACAGCAAUCAGUUCAUAACAUGACUGUCACGUUUAUCACGCUGCUUACGUAGCCCACUGUGCAUCUGAAAUCACCGAGACAAAAUAUGUCCUUUCCUCAUCAUGCCAAAAAGAUGAUGUGAGGAGGAACCUCGCUCUAUAUUUAGGUCUGGCGUGCCCCAGGUGAGACAGCAUACAACGCAUUUAUAUGUACACAAGCUGCCGAACUUAUAAAAGCUAGUCCAGUUCGAUAUUCGAGUGUUACCUCUCCCCAUCUGCCUCGCCCACGCCACCUCUCCGGACUUCUUCUAAUGACUCAGCGAGACACGUGUCGCCAGUCUACUGACGACAUCGUGAACAAUCCACUGAUCACAAGCACAUAACGAUCGACAAAACAUAAUCUUCAUCGAGUUUUUGCAGCAUGCUAAUGAUCGGUCUAGUUAAUGUCAAAUCAUAUAAACGACAGUAUUAAUUAAAAUAAAUCAAGCGCAUUAAAUUAGGUAAUUUUAUUUGCAUCACACUGUCUGCCCUCCAAAGAAGUACAGCGUCAACCGUUUCUGACCUCAUCCCAGAUGCUGAUUUCAUAGCGCUUAUUGGCUACAUCAAAAAAAAAAAAAAAGUGGGGAGGUGAGGGGUCAACCAUUGACUGGAUAGAGUCAUGCGUCACAUGUCACUGUGUGUGCGCUGAUUGCAAACGGACCUUAAAAAGGCGACGACUCGAAGUAUAACAAGUUCUCCGACAUUAGGCAAGCUUAGUUUGCAAAGUUGAUCGGAUACGUAUCUGACCUUCAGGAACAACUAGCAAGAGCAACGAAGGUCCUCGAUUUCAGGUUUAUCGCAGCCUGUGGGAUCAUUUUCAUUCUCUCGACACUUCUCUAGCGAAUGCACACCUGUGCUUGAGCGCUGGAACAAUGAAAAGCAAGUCAUUACCAGGAGCUGCAGCACUUUUAGUCUUCUCGACCUGGUCCUGAUGUUCUCCACUUCUGGGAAUCUGUUUAAAAUGUCACCCAUUUACUAUUCGGGGUCAGUGGCUUAACUAACGCACAGACGUUUGGAUAAACUGCUCAAGACAGCUUAAACGAAAUCACGUACUGUCAAAAGAGAACUGAUAAAACAGCGAUAGUGAAGAGUAGAAGUGUCACAGUUUCUGUUUACAGCUGACAUCAGAGCACAAUGACCCUAAAACGACGGAUGAUGGCUUACUGUGCCUCCAGCCUGGGGAUGACGAUGAUCCAUCAUUCCUUUUACUUCUACUACGUUAAAGUUUUCCUCAACCGCUACCACAUUCAGGAGUCAUGGUUUCAUUGCCAGUUUCUGUUCCUCAUCUGGAAUGCCGUUAACGAUCCUUUGUUCGCUCUCUUUCAGGACAAUGCUAAGUUUACCAUUACUAGGACGAGAAGGGAAAGUAUUCUAUACACAGCUCCUUUCCUGGCUUUGUCAUACAUGAUACCCUGGUUCCAGUUUGGCUCCAGUGACUGGGCCACGGGACUGCAUCUCAUAAUCGCUCUGAGCCUUUACGACACAAUGUUCACCUUCAUUGGUUUAGCUAUGUGCUGUUUGUUUACCGAAAUUUCUACAGACCAAAAGGACAGACUUUUAUUAACCAAGUACGCUCAGAUGGCAAGCAUGUUAGGGCAUUGCUCCAUUCUGGUGUUUGAAUACACGUCUAGUAGUCUACAGAACUUCCUGGCGUUCCAGAUUACCGCCUUUUUUGUGGCGUUAUGUGGUAUGUCCCUCAUGAUCUACACUGGGCUUAAUGCGCACACAGUGUGGGACUUUCGUGAACACAAGGCCCAAGACGACAAUGUAGAAAUGCCUCAGAAAGUAGAACAAGAUAUAGAGCAGAAUCAUCCACAGGUCAAGGAGCCCUUCUGGUUAAAGACGUGGCAGAUUCUUUCGGAGCGGAACUUCAUAGCCUUCGUGCUGACCAACUUCUUUCAGGAAUUUCACAAGACAUACUUGUCCAACUUCACGGCAAUCCUCUGCGACUUUCUUAUUCCCACUACACGGGUACCUCUUACGGUUCGCAGCACGUUCUACGGGUUUACGGGUACCCUUGGAGGGUUCAUGGUCAUAUUUGGCGCUCCCAUUGUUGGACGUUUUGGUUAUUUCCGCAUCAUUCGGUGCAGCUUUGUGUUUAAGAUCUGCAGUGGACUUCUCAUGUUUCUGAUCGGCCCAUCCAACCCCUGGCUUCUGAUGCUCUUCAUACUUCUCGAUACGAGUGUCACAGGUGCUUCCUAUUCACUGUUCAAUAUGCCGCUAUCUGAUAUUUCUGACCACGACCGGGAAAAGUACAAUCGCAAACACCCUAUUUCCUCUACGGUUUACGGCGCCAACGCUCUGGUCGUGAAGCCGGCCAACUCCCUGUCUCCCAUGCUGGUUGUCGCAAUCCUCAAUCACUUCGGUUACGAAAAGCUCAAGGAUGGUUUGCUUUCAGGGGAGGAAUUGGAGAUAAUCAAAGAUGUCAUGUUUAAGGUCGUCUGCUUCUAUCCUGUACUUCUGGGCAUGAUCCAGUUUGUAACAUGGUCGCGUUUCACCAUUCGACGCAGUAUUUUAUCGUACGAGUAUAGAGUACCAACUACACCUAUUUGAUCAGACGUGUGACUGUGUAAAUAGGGGAAAGAAUUGAAUUAUGCAAUUGAAUAUAUAUACUGCCAUGUUUACUGGCUAUUUUUAACUCUUCUUUUUUUGUAUAAUACUUUUUUUUCCAGGCAAGUAUUGCAAUCUCGUUUUAUCAUAUUUGUCAUCAUUCUUGUCAUCAUUCCUGAUUUGCACUCUUCACCUAAGUCAAAAUAGUGGUAAUGUGAGAUAGGAGGUUUAUGACGAUGAUGACGACAACGAAUGUGAAAUAGAUGCGAAGUCUACUAAAUACUGUUUAGAUGUUUUUUUCAUACACGUGUUUAAGUGAAGAAAUUGUCUGAAAGUGGGCAUUAAUGAAUGAUAAAGUUUAUAAACCUAAUAAAUGUGUGUUUUAUUGG